UUCUUCGUUUAUAUCGUCAAAAGGCACCGAGAGAGAGAGGAGAGAGAGGUGGCCGCGACAGAAGAAGCGUUUCGGCUUCCUGUAAACAUAGAGAUUUCCAUGGCUGCAUGUAAUUUCGGAGCGUCAAGUGUCAAGUGUUCAAACCUUAACCUGGGUUUUGUUAGCACCAAAUUGGGCAAAUUACAAGUAUUUAAUGGCUUGAAAAGUGGAACACCUGCAAAAUUUCAGAGUUUGAUUAUAACCAAGUCGGCUGGGAAGGCUUUAAUUGGAUGCAAAUGUUCGUCCAAAUGCGAAUCAGCUGUUACAAAUUUAGAGCCUGCCUCCAAGGAAGAAAAAUCUCCUGGUACAACAAGCCAAAUCAUUCCAAAUUUGGAUGAGGUGAAAUUUCUUCUCACUCAAAUGUGUGAUACAGCUUCAAUUGCGGAGUUUGAAUUGAAACUUGGUGGAUUUAGGUUGUACGUCACUAGGAAAUUGGAGGCAAAAAGUGAACCUCCUCCCCCACCUGUUUCUGUUUCUGUUCCUGUCAGCGUCAGUACACCUGACAGGGCACCUGAUCAAAAUGGAACUGUCUCUGCACCAUCUUUAGCCAUUUCCAAAUCAGUACCUUCCUCAGGUGGGAUUCGAACAUUGCUUGAUAAAGCUGCUGAUGAAGGCUUAGUGAUAAUUCAGUCUCCAAGGGUUGGAUAUUUUAGGAGAUCUCGAACCAUAAAGGGGAAGCGUGCACCUCCAUCAUGCAAAGAGAAGCAAAUAGUGAAGGAGGGUCAGGUGCUUUGCUACAUCGAACAACUUGGUGGGGAGAUCCCAAUUGAGUCUGACAUAUCCGGUGAGGUUGUAAAGAUCCUGCACGAGGAUGGUGAUCCUGUUGGAUAUGGUGAUUCUCUCAUUGCUAUCCUUCCUUCUUUUCCUGGGAUAAAGAAACUUCAGUAGAGUGUUUUAGGUAGACAAACAGUUUGACGGAGAGAGAGAGAGCCUAUUUAUGUCACCACAUCAACUGGAUGGUGAUUUAUUUGGCUUGUAAAUCAUGUGGACAUAAUAUAAUGUUUUUGUUCGUUCGACUUUCUCCUUUUUC